AUGUCACAACGCUAUACGUCCGACGGUCGCUCUGAGCACGUCGUCAACAACAAUCUAAGACUUGAGCUCACAAUAUGGCCUGCUAGUCCAUUUCGACUCCUGGACUUGCCAACUGAGGUCCGAGGACUGAUCUACCAAUCCGUCUUCCAAGACAUGGUGAUCAAGCACGUUGGUGGUAUAAGCAAUUCAAGGUUACUCUGGCCAGGCAUCGCGAUCUUGUUCGUCUCAAGAUUGUGUUUCGAGGAGGCGAGGCCCAUCCUGCUUACCACGGCAACUUUCUACGUCGAUCCAGACCGCCUCAGCCGCCCGGCAGCCAGCUUUCAAGGCAUGAGCUUCCUGCGAGCCAUAUCGACCGACGUCGUGCUUAGUCCUGUCGAGCUCAGAACCGUGAAGCACGUCAGUAUCGAUACGGAUUCCGGCAGGAACAAGAAUGGGGACAGCCUACCGGGUCUACUGACUUCACUGCCUAACCUCGAGAGCGCGGUACUGCAUCAGCCAUGGAUCCCAUCAUUCAUCAGAGCCAUUACAGGUGUGGAGCCCGCCGGAGAUGGAGCGUUCGAGUUGCACCCGGAGAAUUUAGACGACAUCCGAAGCUUCAUCGAGGACGCUAUCGCGCAAGGAGCGCUCGCCUACGUGAGUGCGCCUUGGUCGCACGACUACGCCUACAGCUUGGUGCGAAUCUGGCACUCCUCUGGUAGGCGCUUCGCCCCGAUCUUAGUGCUUCGGCUACAGUGCUACCACAAGUUGGACAUUCUUCCGCGCAUCUCGAGACAUUACCACUUCGAUAUCGGACUGAACUUAAAGACCAGAUUCGUGACGCUCACAUACCUGGAGGACAAGGGGAUUCUUCCAUCUAGACUAUCGAGACACCCCACCGGUCCGCCACAGCAUUCUUUCAUGCUUAGCGAAACUGCCGUUGAGGCUUUCAUCGCGUCCGCUUGCGCGGCGAACAAGCGCCAGACCGACUGA